AUGGCCACUGCUGCCAAUGCUGCGAAGGUCCCCGUAGUCCUCGAGAGCCCGGUCGGCUCCGUGCUGCUUCGCUUCGACCAGCACCGGGAUGGAAGUCUGCAGCCCGUUUGGGAGGAUCCAGAUGCCACUCCGAGCCGCUGCGUCGAGCGACUGCUUCUGGAGGAGUCGGCUGCGAAACGGCGCCGACACGAGGGUGCGGGUCCGGUUGAGAGCGACCGGGAGCGGAUCGAGUUUCUGCGGGAGGCACAGGAGACGGCCUUGGACGGUGUGCAGCGUGCAACCACGGCAGCGCAGCUGCUGAGCGGCGGUGAGGGCGAGACUCAGUUCCUGGCUCUCCAGUCGGCGGUGCCGAGGCCCCUGGACUUCUCGCAGGUCAUGCGGCACGCCUCGGAGGUGGACGAGGCGGCUGAAGCUCAUCGUCAAGAGCUCUUGGACAUCGCCAAUGCUCGUUUGACAAACAAAGCGCUCCAGCAGCUUGCGGAGAUGGAGGCUGCUCUCUCUUUCCUCGGCCAGCGAUGGCAUCUUCACUGUGUCGCAGGUCAAUAUGCCAUCGAGCUGUGGACAGGAAGGAUGAGGCCGCCGAAGCGUUUGCUGGCGACGCGGCCGCGGGUGCGCGUCACCAGCCACCCGAAGAAGGGCGUUUGCCUGAACUUCCCCGUGGAGCUCUCACAGCUAAUUCACAGCCGCAUGCGCCUGCUGCUCCAGCUGCGGGGCCAGGGCCUGAAGGGCAGGAGCCAGGCACUUCUUCCACCACCUUGGGAUCCGAGCACGCCGCGUCCGGAGGCACUUCACAGAGCGCUUCUCCAGGCGGAGAUGCUGUUGGCGGAUGCCCUAACGUUCCACAUGCUGAGAGACCGGGUUAUGAUCGCCUCGCAGGAGGAGCUUCUUCGGAAGGGCUGGCAAAUCAACCGCGUGGCCUCCCACGAGGUUGUCUUGGCGGUAGAAAGCCUGGACUUCCGGCGCCUGGAGCUGACUGUCGCCCUUCGCACGCCUGGCGCCGAGGAGGUUCCGCCGCCUUCUGAGCAAAGUGAUCCUGUCUUUGACUGGCUGGCCGAUGCUGCAGCGGCGCAGCUGCGAGAGAUGC